GUUGCUGUGUAAUUUGGACAUGAACUUUGUGAUUUACACUUCUGUUUAAAAGGCUGAUGUAUCUGUGCUUAUUAUUCAGUGGCUAUCUCCAUGCUUGGUUUCAAGGAUAGAUCAAACUUUUGUAGCAUCAACUUAUAGAAACUGCCAACCCGAUAUGCAAUACUUCUUCAUCGGAUCUGUUUCAAUGUCUGCUCAGCAUCACUCUCUUCCUGACAUUCUAAUGUAAGUUUAUUGGAGAUUUUUUUUGGCAAUGAUCAAAUUUUGGUCAACUUUGAUCCGGUAUUGAAAAAGGAUUGGAGAACGGAGGUGGAAUUAGCGUUAUGUCCGCCCUAACACAGCCAAGACAUGUCAGUGUGCUUGUCCAGGACACUGUCAAGCUCCUCAGAUACUUAGCCCAGACUAAAAACCUUAAGCUCGGCAAAGUAAUUCAUGCUCGUUUGAUUGUGUCUGAUCAAGUUUACGGAGACAAUAUACAUGAGACUAACUCUUUGAUCAAUCUCUACUCAAAAUGCGUAGAACUGGAAUCCGCGCACCAUGUGUUUUAUAAAAUGAACAUACGAAAUGUAGCUUCAUGGAGUGCUUUAAUGGCAGGGCUUUUUCAAAAAGGGUUUGCUUUUGAAGUUCUUAGAUUGUUUAAAUCAAUGGUUUCGGAGGACCAUGUUUUGUGCCAGCCUAAUGAGUAUAUCUUUGCAACGGUGCUUUCAUCUUGUUCUAAUGUUGGGUGCCUUUUAUUAGGGAGACAAUGUCAUGGAUACGUGUUGAAAUCUGGAUUAGUGUUCCAUCAGUAUGUGAAGAAUGCUCUUGUAUGCUUGUACUCCAUGUUGUCAGACGUGGUAGGGGCUAUGGAGGUUUUGGUUUCGGUCCCUGGGUCAGAUACUUGUACUUAUAACCUAAUUUUAACUGGACUUGUUGAUAAUGGUUACUUGGAUGAAGCCUCAAAUAUCUUAAGGAGAAUGUUGGCUGAACAUGUGAUGUGGAACAAAGCCACUUAUAUCAGUGUCUUUGGGCUUUGUGCUCGCCUUAAAGAUUUGAGCUUGGGGCAUCAAAUUCACAACCAGCUUCUAAUGAGUGAAGUUGAGUUUGAUGUGUUUGUAUGUAGUGCAAUUAUCAACAUGUAUGGGAAAUGUAAACAGAUUUCAUGUGCCAGAAAAGUUUUUGACAGGUUGCAAGCCCGAAAUGUGGUUUCAUGGACAGCAAUGUUGGCAGCUUACUCACCACAUGGGUCCUUUGAGGAGUCGUUAAAAUUGUUUCUAGAAAUGCAACGUGAGGAUGUUGUUCCAAACGAAUCUACCUUUUCUGUACUACUCAAUGCUAGUGCUGGAUUAUCAUCGCUGGGAUAUGGAUAUUCAUUGCAUGCACUUGCAGAAAAGAGGGGUUUUAAGGGUCAUACGAAUGUUGGGAAUGCCUUGAUCAACAUGUACUCAAAGACUGGUGACAUUGAAGCUGCAAGAAAGAUGUUUGUAGGUAUGACUUAUCGUGAUACCGUAAGCUGGAACACAAUGAUAUGUGGAUACUCCUAUCAUGGUCUUGGUAACAAGUCAUUAGCUUUGUUUGAAGAAAUGUUGAAAACGGAGGAAAACCCUAAUCAUGUUACUUUUGUUGGCGUUCUCACUGCUUGUGGACAUUUGGGGAAAGUCGAAGAAGGGUUCUACUAUCUGAACCAGUUGAUGAAACAGAAGGGUAUCGAACCUGGUUUGGAGCACUAUACCUGCAUCAUUGGACUUCUAAGCAAGGCUGGACGUCUAAAUGAAGCUGCAAAUUUCAUGCUAUCAACACCGAUCAAAUGGGAUGUCAUUGCUUGGCGCACCUUGCUCAGUGCUUGUUACACCCAUCGAGAUCAUACUCUAGGCACCCAAGUUGCAGACAUUAUCAUGGGUUUGAACCCUGAUGAUGUGGGAACCUAUACCCUCUUGUCUAACAUGCAUGCCAAGGCUAAUAAUUGGGGUGGAGUCACAAGAGUCCGUGAAUUGAUGAAAAAAAGGAAUAUGAAAAAAGAGCCGGGACUGAGCUGGUUGGAGUUAAAGAAUCAAACACACUUGUUUGUUUCGGAUGACAAUGGACAUCCAGAAUUUCUCCAGAUUCAUGCAAAGCUGAAGGAGUUGUUUGCUAAGAUAAAAGCACUUGGUUACGUGCCUGAUACUGCUAAUGUGCUACAUGAUGUUGAGGAAGAACAGAAGGAAGAUCACAUUGGUUAUCACAGUGAGAAGCUUGCAGUAGCAUAUGCCUUAUUGAAAACACAUGAAAAGGCACCAAUCUGUAUUAUAAAAAACUUGAGGAUAUGUGAUGACUGUCACUCUGCUAUGAAACUAAUCUCAAAAGUUACAAAAAGGUCGAUAAAUGUAAGAGACGCCAAUCGUUUCCAUCGCUUCCAAGAUGGAAGCUGCUCAUGUGCAGAUUAUUGGUGACUAAAAUGUAUUUACAUCGCUAGUGACUCAUGGUCAAUCACAAAUACCAUCCAGAUCAAUGAAAUUUCUUGGUGGUGGUUGAUAUGUGCUUCACCAAUGGUUGAUGAAUACAUGAUCAAGUGUUUAGAAGAUAUAUCUUUCCAUAGUUUAUAAGGUAGAUCCUUUAUGGAUUCUGCUGGAAUUUCAAUUGGACUUGAUUGGUUAUAGAUAAGGUGAUACGAGGACGACCAACUUGCAUGCAGUUGAAGAUGGUUAUCGCUUCUAUGCAUUUAGAGUGUCCCUCUCGAAGACCUGGCUAGUUUUUGGCGAAGAUCUUGAGGAUUGGUUCAGAGUCGAUGUUUAUGCCAAGUGCAAAAUGAAGGGACUUUCUAUUACUUAAUCAUAUACAAAAACUAAUAAAUGAAAGACUAUUUUGUAUUGGAUCCAUGACUUUUAGCUAGAGCGCAUAGAUCAAUGGAGAAUGAAGAGUAAAUUGGUCAUGCUUGAGCAUCAACCAACUCAGAAGUUACUCCACUUGCAGGGUUUGGAAGAGAACAUCUUUGUUGACCUUUCGGGGUAAAUAUUUAUUGGUCGUUUACCAAACCCGGUAAAUGCUUACUGGUAACACUCUCGGUCCUUGCUAUGUCUCUUAACAAGUAAGAUUAUCGGUUCAAUCGGUAAAGUAAGUGACAUUGAUAAGCGCUUCCUAGUGUUUUUGU